AUGGCGGCCUCCAUCUCGCCGUCGGUCAUUAUGACCCAGCUAUCCAGCUAUCUCAACACCAAUGAGACCUCCGACGCUCUUUUCCAGUCACAGCAGGCCUUCGAUGCCAUUGGAACCUACAAAUGGUUCAUUGGUACCAGCAUUUUCGUCCUCGUUACUGCAAUUCAAAUAAUCAAAUACUCCCUCCGAGACAGACCUCCGCCAGGCCUCAAGCUCAUCCCGGGCCCGACGAGCACGAUCCCCUACAUCGGACGCAUCCACGAUGUCGACCCAAAUGCCCCUUGGUUUGCAAUGAAGAAGUUCUGCGAUCAGUACAACGGAAUCUUCCGCUCCACAAUCUGCGGAGAGAUGCACAUUUGGGUUGGUGAUGCCAACAUCGCCUAUGAUCUUCUCUGCAAGAAGGCCCGGAUUUACUCUUCCCGCCCUAUGGUCCCUGCUGUCCCUGGCAGCGACUCUCAGGGCCAGUACCUCCCUCUUUUGGCCCACGAUGACCACUGGCGCAACCAGCGCAAGUUCGCCCACACUGUCCUGACCCAGGGCUUCAACCAGAAGUACUAUGGUUAUGUCAGCCACGAAUGCAAGCGAUUCAUGUACAAGCUCCUCGUGGAUCCUAAGGACCACUUCGCCCUGACCGAUCGCUUCUGCGGCCGCAUCAGCGCUCGUCUUGGUUAUGGCAGCCCUGCGUCUGCUGCCGCCCACUGCAAAAACGCCGGAGAAUUCAUUCCUCAGAUUUCGCCCUCUGGCCCCAUCACCAACCUCUUGCCUUUCCUCGGUAGCCUCCCAGAAUGGAUCAAUCCAUCAAUCCGCAAGGUCCGUGAGCGACGUGAAAAGGAGGAGAAGCUGUGGAAGGGUUUGAUGAAGCAAGUUCGUAUGGAAAUGGACCAGGGUAUUGCUCCUAUCAGCUACGCCAGAACCUACUUUGAGCGCAAGGAGGCGGAAGCCGGCAGCCGAUCUUUCGGCUUCGACGACCACGAGGCCGCUUACGCUGUUGGCAUGCUGGUGACCGUCGCUAUCUUCACAAUUGGUGGUCCGCUCUACUGCUUCUUCCUUGCUAUGGUUCUUCACCCGGAGUGGCAAGAGAAGGUCCGCAAAGAAUACGACGAGGUCAUCGGUGACCGCGUUGUUGAGGUGUCUGACGCUCCAAACCUGCCUAUCCUCCGCGCUGCGAUCAAGGAGUGCGUCAGAUGGCGACCACCAGUCCCCUUGGGUGUUCCCCGUCUCCUUGAGGAAGAUGACGAAUGGAACGGCUACUACCUCCCCAAGGGCGCCGUUAUUCACGCUGUCGACCUGGCCCUUGCCCGCAACCCCGAGCUCUACCCCGACGCCGAAACCUUCAAGCCUGAGAGAUGGCUUGAGAAGGAUUACCCAACCUACAAGGAACCUCUUACGGAACACCCCAGACUUAUGGGUCACCACGGUUUUGGCAUGGGCCGCCGCAUGUGCCCGGGUAUCGAGGUUACUGAGGCGGAACUGCUCGUUGCUUGCGGCUCCAUUGUCGGCUGCUUCGAACUCCUUCCGGAAAAGGACGCAAACGGACAACCCAUGUGGCCAGACUCCCUUGCUUUCACCCCCAAUCUGAUCGGAGGUCCCCUUCCCUUCAAGAUGGAUGUCAAGGUCCGGAGCCCUGAGAAAGCCGCUCGCAUCAAGGCUUGGUACGAGGAGAGCGUGGCUGAUGAGGCCGCUGGCAAGAUUGCGGCUGGUUUGUGA